AUGCUUCUCCCAGCCAGCCCCAUUUCCGACUCACCGGCUCUUUGCAACCUUUUCCUUGAACUCAACUCACCAGCUCCCUGUGUUGGCGCCUGGGGCGGGGGAGGUUGGGGGGAAGGAGGGGGGGAACCGCUCCCCCCUUGGGAGAAAGGGGGAGAAAAUCCCCCACUUCCAGAGGGAGGGGGGGCGGUGGAGGGGGAAGGGGGGGCUGCGUCAGUGGUAGGGGCAUUGCCACUGGGGGGAGGGGCGGAGCUGGGGGGGAGAGCGGGGUUGAUGGCGCGGGGAGGAGGAGGGGAUGGGAGAGAAGGGGGAGGAGAAGAGGGGGGAGGAGAGAGUUUAGGAAUUGGGGGAGGAGAGAGUUUGGGCUUUGGGGGAGGGGAGAUUUUGGGCUUAGGAGGAGGGGAGAGUUUUGGCUUCGGGGGAGGGGAAGGGGAGGGCGGGGGAGGUGAGGGAGGUUCGGCAGGAGGGGCGGCGGGAGGGGGAGCGGGAGGAGGAGAAGAGGGAGGAGGAGGGGGAGGAUACACGGGAGGUUCGGCAGGGGGAGGGGCAGGAGGUGGGGCGGAUGGAGGGGGAGGGGAGGGGAGCGGCGGAGGGGGGGAGUCGACUACAGGCGGUGGGAUAGGAGCUGUCAGUCGGUUGGUGGUACCUGCAGUGAAGCAGGAGAGGCAGAAGCCGGAGAAAUCGGAGCAGAGGACGGUUGUGUUGAUGGGCGUGACGGUGCAUGUGCCCAAUGGGCUGCAAGCAACACAACUACCUGCUUACCUGCUCGUGUGCUUGCUACCUGCUUCAAAGCUACUCUUGUUACCUGCAGUGAAGCAGGAGAGGCAGAAGCCGGAGCAGUCGGUGCAGAGGACAGUUGUGUUGAUGGGCGUGACGGUGCAUGAGCCGCGUGCUGGGCACGACCACAGGUUCAAGUCGUAG